AUGAUGGCAUCUGCGAAGCGCUUACAGGCGUCUCAGGACCCCGAAAGCUUCAAUGAUGAAGGCGGCGGCACAUCUCCAACGUCCACUUCGCGCAAACGUAUUCGUAGGUCUGAAGCGUCACCCUCGGAAGAAGACAACGAAUCAAACGAUGCUGAGACAAGGAGUUCUUGUUCCAUCACCGAGGCUCUGGAUGAUGACGAGGAUGAUUUGGAACUGCGUGCUACUCAAGCAAUUCAAGAGAAAUACUCUUUCGCCAGUGAAGAACCGAAUAUCCCUGCUGAGCACGGCAUCCUUGAGCGCGUCGAAUGUUACAAUUUCAUGUGUCACGAUCAUUUCCAAGUCGAAUUGGGCCCAUUGAUAAAUUUUAUCGUGGGCAAGAACGGUAGUGGAAAGAGCGCUGUUCUCACUGCCAUAACUCUCUGCUUGGGUGGUAAAGCUUCUGCGACCAACCGUGGUCAGAGUCUGAAAAGCUUCAUCAAAGAAGGGAAAGAAAGUGCAACUAUCGUCGUGCGACUCAAGAACCAGGGUGAUGGAGCCUAUAUGCCUGAUGACUACGGAAAGUCAAUCAUAAUAGAACGUCACUUCUCCAAAAAUGGCACGAGUGGAUUCAAGAUCAAGGCUGAAAAUGGGCGUAUAAUUUCCACUAAGAAGGCGGAGCUUGACUCAAUCAUUGACUACUUCACACUCCAAUUUGAUAACCCCAUGAACGUCCUCUCACAAGACAUGGCUCGCCAAUUUCUCAGCACGUCUAGUCCUGCCGAUAAGUAUAGGUUUUUCGUGAAGGGCGUUCAGCUGGAGCAACUGGACCAAGACUACAGACUUAUCGAAGAAUCUGCUGAUCAAAUUGAAGAGAAGUUGAGAAACAGAGAGCAAGACAUCAGGAUCUUAAGAGAUCUAAAAGAUACAGCGGAUCGCAGAUUGGAAAAAUCAGAUCAGCAGGAAUCACUCAGAAGACGCAUUAGGAACGUUCGGAACCAAGUGGCCUGGGCUCAGGUUGAGGAACAGGAAAAGUUGAGAGACUCCUUGGAGGGCGAGCUCGCGCGGACAGACGGAGAGAUAGCAACUGCUGAGGCUCAAUUGAGCGUUUUUGACGUCAAUAUACGGGACACAGAGCGUGAAUGCGCAGCUGCAGCGGAGUUCCUGAACCAAGCUAGUUCCAGGCUCGAUCAAUCCCAGAGCGAAAGAAACGAAAUAAAAACCAAACUGGAUGAACAAUUAAGCGAACGCCAUGACCUGCAGGCCGAACAACGUCAAAUCAAGGAAUAUCUCAGAACCACAGAGACAAGGAUUCGCGAAACUCAGAAUCAGAUUGCUGACGAAAAUCGGCGCCUGGCAGACCUUAGUGGAGGGAGCUAUUCUCGAAAAGAGGAACAAGUCCAACAAGCAAAGGCCGAGGCCGCUGAGAUUCGGAGACAGUGCGAAGAGCACCAACAGAGUGCUCGCCAGCUAUACCAAGCAGCUGAGGAAGCCGAGAACGCAGUCGAGUUGGCUGCCGCUCCUAUAGACAAAAUGAAGGCUGAGGUCGACCAGGCAGAGUCCAACUUACGCAAUCUCAACAGGGAAGGAAUCAGACGUACAGGUUUUCAUGAAAGGAUGCCAGCACUCCUUAAAGAGGUAGAAAUCGAACGGUCCUUCUCCAGGAAACCUGUGGGCCCCAUUGGAAAUUACGUGAGCUUGUUGAAACCAGAGUGGUCAUCUAUAUUGGAGAACGCCCUUGGCACCACAUUGAACAGCUUCAUUGUGACCUCGAGGCGAGAUAUGAACAUUCUUUCACACAUUAUGCAAAGGGUUGGCUGCGUGUGCCCUAUAUUCAUAGGAAGUGAUGGCCAUAUUGAUACGUCGGAACAUGAGCCGGAACCUCACUACGAUACAGCCCUGCGGAUUCUUCAAAUCGACAACGAACUGGUUCGCCGACAGUUGAUUAUAAAUCACGGCAUAGAGCAGAUGCUCCUGAUUGAAAGGCUUGAAGAUGCCUCAGCUGUGCUCUUUGAUGGCCAGCGCCCGAAAAAUGUGAAGCGAUGCUACUGUAUCGAUCGGACAGAUCGGCGCCGAGGAAUUCAUCUUUCCUACAGUCGAACAGGAGAUCCCAGCCAGGCACCAGUCCAAGCCUACAAUGGAAGUCCACGGAUGAAAUCCGAUUUAGAAUCGCAAAUGAGAAUUCAGCGUGAUGUAGUAGCAGGUCUUAGACGCGAGUUAAGCAAUCAGGAACAGCAAUUGCGCUCCGCUCGAUCUCGCCUAGAGAGCUGUAAGCAAGCUAUUGAGAGACAUAAGCGAAGAUCAAAAGAAUUACAAGUUAUGUUGCAAAGACAAGAGGAUCAAGUGGAAGAGCUCACUGACGCGCUUGAACGAGAGACUGUCGAGGAUGGACAUCUGGAUGUGCUACGAGCAACUCUUCAAGAGGCCGAGGCAGAGAAACGCCUAAACGAAGGGUCUUUGAAGGACAGUGUGGAUGCUAUGGAUGCCAUGAUGAGGAAAUUGAAAGCGACCAAGCAAGAGCUUUCCGCAAAAGAUGCCGAAAUCUCGACCUUGCAGGAAGAGCUCCGAGUUGCUCAAGGAGAGGAGCACUUGGUGCAAGACAAGCGCCGGAAGAUCAUUGGUCUUAAAAAUACAGCAAUUGAGCGAGUCAAUGACAUCAAGCUCAACAGAACAAGUAUUCAACAAGAAAGGGAUUGUGUUGCCGCACGUGUCGUCGAAUAUGAGGAGAAAGCCAGUCUAGUUUCACCACGUGUUGCGAUUGAUGAAGGGCAAACUGCGAACACUCUGUCCAAGAAGCUCGAGAGACUUCACGGUGAUCUGCAACGCUCCAAUCAACAACUCGGAGGAUCCCGUGAUGAAAUCGCUGCUGAAGUGGAAAGGGCCACUGCGGCCUAUCAACGAGCGAUGAAGCAAAUUGAGGAAUUUAAACUGCUAGCUGACGUUCUCAAAGCGACUCUGAGACAUCGUAAAGCUCGUUGGCUCAUCUUCAGGUCGCACAUUUCGUCUCGUGCCAAAGCUCAAUUUACAUACCUCUUGAGCGAAAGAAGUUUUCGCGGUCGACUCUUGACUGAUCAUAAUGGCAAGCUCCUCGAUUUACAGGUCGAACCUGACAUAACAAAGGACAGUGCGGGUCGUGGUGCAAAGACUCUGUCCGGCGGCGAGAAAUCAUUCUCGCAAGUUUGUCUCUUGUUGGCGCUCUGGGAGGCCAUGGGAUCCCCAGUCCGUUGCCUGGAUGAAUUUGACGUAUAUAUGGAUCAUAUCAACAGAAAAAUGGCGAUUGAUAUGCUCAUGCUCGCUGCCCGGCGAUCCAUCGGGCGACAAUUCAUACUUAUCACACCGGGUUCUAGAGCUGAAAUCACCCUGGCUCCGGAUGUUCGAGUGAAAGAGUUGGCAGAGCCAGAACGUGGCCAGACGAGGCUUCUAUUUUGA